AUGUUCAGUAAAGCGAUAGCCCUUUUCUUUAUAUUUCUUGGGAUAUUAUCCAUAUAUAUUCUUUUCAUUAUUUGUGGCCGUACUAACUCUGCAGCUAACUCUUGCAGGAAAUGUUCUCUGUUUGGUUUUUCAAAAUUAUUGUUCAUAGCAAAUAGACAAAGUGCGUUGAUACCAGCAAUAUUUAGAAUCCCAAAAAACAAGGCAGUAUUUAACAACGUGGAAUCAUUGGACCAUCCUCCAUAUAGUCCCGAUCUAAGUCCUAACGAUUUCUUUACUUUCCCGAAAAUUAAAAACAGACUGGGUGGUCAAAGAAGAAGCAGUUGA